AUGGAGGCUGGCAGGACUUUGCUUUCUUCACCUCCACCUUUUCCUACAAGAACCCUCCUUAAAAAUUCUGUUUCUUCUUCAGUUCUGAUACAUCGGGAACAACCAACUCCUGCUGUUACUUCUAUUCCAACCACUUCUAUAGCUCAACAUUUUCCUACUUCAGUUCUUUUACAAGAGCAGCGUGAUGAGUUUAGACCUCUCUUGAACAUAUUCAAGGAAGAUAGAGCUUCUCAGGGAACAUUGGAUAGGAAGAAGACAGAGGCUGGGACAUCAGGUCAUGAAGGGAAGGACUCUGAUGAGUUAGACCAGCUGGUACAAAACUUUGAGUACCAAUUGCAUCAUUUGCCUGAUUAUUGGAAUACAUUGACACUUUUACAAAAAGGGCAAGAUCCAUCCUUGCCCUUGACCAUGCAAUCUGUUACUACUAGUACUGACAAGCUAAUGGAUGUGGAACCUACUGAUGUUAUUAACCUCGCUAAGAGAGCUUUGUCAGCCUCAAAAGAUGCGGCUCUACUUGCUGAUAACUCCACUGAUCUUGAUAAUUCGGCUUCCACUAGUUCAUCUAAUUUUUCUCUUGAGGAGGGGAAAAUUGUAAGAUCAAGACGGCGUUUAGAGAGGCAGUCUCUAAAUCGGAGGGUGCCAAAAACAAAAGAUAUGGUUUAUGAGACCUAUAAGUCUAAAAGUGCUGAUUUACAGAAAAGGCCAAGUGAAGGAUUUGAUCCAAAUGAUCCCCUUAGAUUGUUCCUGUGGGGGCCUGAAACAAAACAACUUUUGACUGCUAAAGAAGAGUUUGAACUGAUUGCUCAAGUACAGGAUUUAAUGAAUUUGGAGGAGGUGAAGAAUAGGCUUGAAUCUCAGUUUGGUCGUGAACCAAUGUUGGGUGAAUGGGCUCAAGCUGUCGGGCUUAGUUGUCCUGUUUUGAAGUCAAAACUUCACUCUGGUAACCGCAGCCGAGAGAAGCUGAUUAAUGCAAACUUAAGGAUGGUGGUUCACAUUGCCAAACGUUAUCAAAACCGUGGUCUUGUCCUUCAGGAUUUACUGCAGGAGGGAAGUAUGGGUCUUAUGAAGAGCAUUCAGAAAUUCAAACCGCAAGUUGGUUGCCGAUUUGCCACUUAUGCUUACUGGUGGAUAAGACAAUCUGUUAGAAGGGCUAUAUUUCAACAUUCCAGGACAAUUCGUUUACCGGAAAACGUUUAUGGCCUCUUAGGAAAGGUAAUGGAAGCAAAGAGGUUGUCUAUUCAGGAAGGAAAUCAUCAUCCAACCACAGAAGAAUUAGCAAGUCGUGUUGGAAUAGCUGUUGACAAGUUGGAAAAGUUGCUAUGUUUUACAAGAACGCCAAUUUCAAUGCAACAAACUGUGUGGUCGGACCAAAAUACUACUUUUCAAGAGAUAACUGCUGACAAAGAAAUUGAGAUACCAGAUGUGAGAGUGGCAAAGCAACUGAUGAGAAAGCAUAUUCUUGGACUCCUAAACAUUCUCAGCCCAAAAGAGAGACGGAUAAUCAGGUUAAGGUUCGGCAUUGAGGAUGGCAAACAGAAAUCACUUUCAGAGAUUGGUAACGUGUUUGGGUUGUCUAAAGAAAGGGUGCGGCAACUGGAGAGCCGAGCACUGUACAAGCUUAGGCGGUGUGUUGGCAGCCAUGGCCUUGAUGCUUAUGCAGAUUUACUUAGAUGA